AGGAAUUGUUUUCUGUAUUUCCAUCUCCUCUUUCCUUCGUCACCAUCAUUAGUGACCAUUUUUGAACUCAUUAUUGAAGGACUUGUGAUGAGAUUUUGAUUGUGAGGUGUGAAUGAAAAAUGACUUAGAGGAAGUGAGGUUUCCAUUGAUAUAGUAUAUGUGGUCAUUCCUUAAUCCAUGGGUUUCAGAAAGUGCCUUGAAAAGAGGAGGAUCUUAGUUGUGCUUCAAUGGAGAGUUCUUCAUCUUCAUUAUCUUGUUGGUGGGUUUGAUCAUCUCUUAAGUGUUCCAGGGCUCGGUUAGACGUUUCUGCCUCAGCCCUCUGUUAGGGAAGAAUAUAUAGAUGGAGUGGACCAAGAUGACACCACUUGUCAAACCAGAAAUUGGCUGAAGUUCUAUCACCAAUUUCUAGCUUGACAAGGGGCAUGAUUGUAUCUUUAAGGCCAAGCAGUCUUCUCCAACUCCAAGAACAUUGUCCAGAAACUUUGACAUCCCAAAUACUUCUACCUUUGAGGAGAUAGCUUCAAGAUGCUUCUCAACCGCGCUAUAUCAGAUGGAAUGGUACCCCUGAAUCGAUUCCCACUUAACAGAAAAAUCUUCAAGUCUGAGAAAUUCCCAAUUGAGAAAUAUAUACAUACAUUAGAAAUUUACCAUGGUGGCGGCGGCGGCGGCGGCUAUGGUAGGGCUGCGAAAUGGUGAUGGUGGGUGUGAACUAGUGGUGGUGAGUGUGGUAGGGUUACUAGGGUAUUUUAGUUAAUAAAAAAAGAAUGAUAUUGGAUAAAUUGGUAAUUGAACGUGUCAAAGAAUAAUAAUGUUAAUUUAUCAUUUGGAAUCAUUGAGUGUCUUUGUUAAUUUUAUCAAACCUAAGGGAAUGUCUUUGUCUAAAAAUCGAUUAAAUUGUAUAUAGGACCGGACUUACAAUUCGUAAAAUACAACUAGGCCCAGGCCGGCCGUUGAAAAGUCAAAACCCGUGGACUCAGGCAUGGAUUCCUAAAACCGGGGCCCGACCCGGCCCAUUAUGCACCCUUAUCCGUAUAUUAAUUCAUCAGGGUCUCAACCACUUAAAAAUAUAUAAUGAUGGAUACGCAUCCACACGCACUAUCUACCAUUUAUUACCACAACUGACAUCUACUCUGCUUCCUUUUAUAUAUAUAUAUAUAUAUAUAUAUAUAUAUAUAUAUAUUUUUGGACUUUCUGGCAACUAAUGUCCUGCAUGCACUCAUCAUCAACAUCAUUACUCUUUGGCAUGUCCAUUAUUUUUUUGGACUUUUUUUUUUUUUUAAUUUUUAAUUUUUGUAUGUAUUUUAUUUUAAAUUGAAUGUGAAAACACGAAUACUUUUCCAAAGAAACAGUUUUUGUUUCGUAUAUAAUCUCAUCUAUUUGUUUAUACAUGUGUUAUACUUCCUAUCACAUAUAUUCACUUUGUUUCGUAUAUAAUCUCAUCUAUUUACAUAUGCAUGUCUUAUACUUCCCAUCACAUAUAUUCAUGAUUUUGAAAUAAGCGUUUAAUACUACCUAGAUAUUCUAGGAGACAUGUAUAUUGAGCAUUUAAAUGUAAUUUUUUUAAAUUAAAAAUCACAGUAUAAUUGUUAGGAGAAGCAUAAGAAAGGUUCUAGAUACUUCAACGAAACGCUAGUAAUUGAUAUAUAUAUAUAUAUAUUUACACAAACACACACUAUAUAUAUAGAUAUAGAUAGAGCAUGAUAAACAAUUACUAUUGUUUUAGAUUCAUAUAUAGACCCAUAUAUAUUUUUGAACUUCUAUAAAAAUUAUUGAAAAGGAGUGCAUGGGUUCCCACCACUUCAUCCAGGCAAAGUCUCAACCACUUAAACUACUUUAUUAUCACAAUAAUUACCACGCCCCACACCAACUAUCUGCUUCCUUUAUUUGUUUCUGACUUUCUUGCCACUCGUAUCCUGCAUCCACCAACACUUCCUGUACUCAUCAUCAACAUCUUUAAUUCACUCCUUAGCUUGCACAUAUAGAAGACACCUACAUCUAUAGUACUUGUUCACAUCUUCAUCCAUGGAAGUCUCAACCACUGAAAAAUCUAUUGAUGGAGAUUACAAUUGGGCAAAAGGAGUGACUGAAUUCGAGGAAACAAAAGCUGGAGUUAAAGGACUUGUGGAUGCUGGCAUUGCCAACAUCCCCAGUUUCUUUAUCAACCCUCCAGAGAACCUUCAAAACUCAUCAAACACUACACACCAAAUCCCCAUAAUAGACCUCAAAGGGUUUGAAAAUGGUGGCCAACAUCGACAGAAGAUUGUCAAUGAAAUCUGCAAAGCAUCAGAAACAUGGGGGUUCUUUCAAAUUAUCAAUCAUGGAGUACCAGAUACUGUAAUGGAUGGGAUGAUAGAAGGUGCUCGACUAUUCCAUGAGCAGCCUGGAGAGACAAAGAUGGAGUUGUAUAGCCGAGAUCGAACACAAAAUGUGAGAUAUUACAGCAAUGAAUACCUCCAUUUAUCCAAAGCUGCUGCAAAUUGGAAUGAUACAUUAUCUUGUGUUUUCAGAGAUGAUAUGGUGAACCCGGAUGUGUUACCUUCAGUCCUCAGAAGAGAAGUGGAAGAGUACAUGAAAUGCAUAAUCAAACUGAAGGGGCAACUAUGUGAACUACUAUCAGAAGCUCUAGGGCUGAGCAGUGACUAUUUUCGGAGCACAGAGUGCAUGAAGACUACAUCAUUUAUGUGCCACUAUUACCCAAUUUGCCCACAGCCUGACCUGACUCAAGGCUUGAGCCAACAUACAGACCUGCCUUUUCUAACUCUUCUCCUCCAAGAUGGCAUUGGUGGCCUUCAAAGUCUUCAUCAAGAUCAUUGGGUUGAUGUGCAUCCUGUCCCAAAAGCUCUUAUAGCAAACCUUGGGGAUUUUAUGCAGCUUAUCACCAACGAUAAGUUCAAAAGUGUGGAGCACAGAGUACUGGCUCGAUCAGUUGGACCAAGGGUAUCAACUGCAUGUUUCUUCUCUCCCAGCACUAGGAAUGUAUCUAAGCCGUGUGGACCUAUAAAGGAACUUCUAUCUGAGAUCAAUCCACCUAUAUACAAGGAAGUUCUUAUCACAGAUUUAGCCGCCGCGAGGUCUGAACUGAAUGGUACUCGUUCCUCAGUUCUUCCUCUAUUCAAGCUAUGAUGAGCAAUUGCUAGUAACAGAAAGACUGAACAAUAAUUGGAUUUUUGCUCAAAUUUAAUGUUGAAAAAUGAUCCGAAAACGUAGUAGAUUUGUAAUCACUUUUCUAGGAACAGAGUGCCUAUCAGUUCUAUAAAAACUAUGAUUACUAAUUCUAGAGAGCUUGUUUUUAUGGCCGUUGUUAAGGACUUCGGUUGUCAAGCACUCCAUUCUUUCUCUUUCCAAGUGAAAUUUCAGAAGAGUUGGUAUAUUACACAAAAA